GUUGUAUUUGGAAAAGAUGGUAUAUUCAAGGGCUUCAGUGAGAUUGCCCAACUUCCUGUUUACUCGGGUACGGCACUUCCAUUGCUCUCAAACUGUGUUUAAGAAGCCCAACUUAAACUCGGUCAAGUUCCCAUUUCUGAAAGACAAGUCACCUAUAAUACAAGCAUACCAAAGUGAUGAGAAACUACCUUUCAAUGCAAUGCGUGAUAUUUUGAAAGUCCCUGUUGUGACACCUGAGUCGCUAGAUAGAGUUUCAUUUGCAUGGCUCGAUUAUUUUGCAGAGAAUGAUGAGUUGAAUCUUCAAAAUCACAUAAAAUCAGAGACACCUGAACAAUUCUGGAUGAAAACUAUUAGAGUUGCAAUUUCAGAUCAGCAGAUUAUGCCUCAAAUUGUGGGUUUUAUAAGGCGUAAUUUGAAGAAAAAAUCGUUUCAUGUACCAGAAUCAAUUGGUGAAAUUAUGGUGAGCUCGUUAAUUUACAGUGGCCAUUAUAAACAUGCCUUCAAUGUUUACAAAGAUUUAUUAAGUUAUAAAGAAAGUGUCAAUUGGAAUCUAAUCUUGGAUGUUUGUCUGGUGCUGCCUGAUGGGAGUCCAUUGAGAGUUUUUGAAACAAUUCAUCGAGAUCGGAAUGAGGGUUUAUACUUGAAGAUUAUAUCACAUUUACAGCGCCUAAAACUCAAAGAACAAUAUAUUCACAGUUGGAAUAAUAAACUUGUUCUUCUAGGCGACUUUCCAAAAGAUUCAAGUGCUCCAAUGAAUCCUGUUUUCAAUAGCAUGGUUGAAACUAACAACUUCAGAAGCUUUGAGAACUGUUUGAAACACAUGGUUCGUCACCUCAAAAGAGAAGAUAUACCACACUGGUUGGAUGAUGAAACUUCCAAAUAUAUUGCCAUGUGCGUUAAAAACGCAAAAGACCCAGCUUCAAAAGUUAGUCAUUUUAUAUCUUUAUAUACACCUGGCUCAUUUAAAGCUCAAUUUUUUGCAACUUUAUUACACCAAACCAAAAUACCAUCUAAAAAAAUCAUGAAGCUCGUUUCCCGUGCAAAGAUCCCAGAAAACGACACAGCAAUUAUAGAGGGUAAAUGUAAAAGGUUGGCUGAUUCAGAUCCUCAAGCUUUUUGGGCAUACACUGAUAAGAAUGUUGAACAACUACCGCCUUUGAAAAUUUCAAUACAGAUUUUGUCAUUAUAUUUACAGAACUCUGAUAAGCUGAUCAAUGCAAUGAACUUUGCCAAAGAUUUAAUCCUGAAAUACCCAGAGUAUACGUUUAAACUUGCUAGGGCAUUUAUAAUGGGAGUCACAAAUAAAGCGAUAGAAACAAAUCAUCUGGCUCAUCAUCAACUAAUUGCUGAGUUUGAAAAUUUUUUGAGAAAAGAAAAAUUGAUGAGUGAUGAGAUUGAAAAUUAUUUGGUUUUUUCUGAGUUAAAGUUGCGUCAUUUUGAAAGUGCAUUGAUGAGAAUUGAAAGGUUAUUGGCAAAACCGAAUGCCAUAAUAGAAAGAGGUACUAUUGAAAAUACUGGCAGAAUAUUGAGCAAAAAUUCUAGGAAACUACCCCGUACGUUCACAGCUCAUGGUGAAUCUCAGGAUCAUUAUAUAAUGAGGUUGAUUUUAAGAAUGAACAACAAAUGUGACGAAGUCUCCCCACAAACUUGGAAUGUGUUUUUGAAACAAAUAAUCAAAAACUUUGAUCAUACAGAAGUUGAAAAAUUUUGCUUAGAAGUUAUUGAUUGUGUGAAAUCUCAAACUGAGCUAAACUUUAACUCGGCUAAUGCAGGGCACCCUCUAAGGUUGAUUUUUGAUGAUAAAUUGAUCACGUCCAUCAUGCUACAUGGAUUGAAGGACCCUUUGGAACCUUGGAGUGGACUUGCCACAUUAUCUAAAUUGCAGGCUAAAGGUGUUUAUAUCCCAAUGAAUCUAAUGAAAAAACGGAUAAUUGAAGUUUUCAGAACAAGUGGUUUACCAAAUAGUGAUAAGAAAAAAGUUAAUAGCAAGGUCUUCAUAACAUCUAAUCUUGGUAUUGACCUCAUUUUGCAAAAGAUAAAUGAAAUUGAGCAAAGCAUGAGUGGAACUGAACAACGAGUCUGAUCAAUAUGGUUUUAUAACCUUUGGUGAGAGAA